AUGGCUGAUCGGUGUCUGUGGUCAGUGAGAUGGACGAAAGACGAAGGGAGGCAUUUUCAAGGAUCCAAACCGCUAGCUAUCGCUGUCAUGUCUAGACUCCACCAGUCAGCAGAACCAAUAAUAAUAGGACGUAGUAGAAGAAGAACCUACAACUACAAUGAUAUGACAAUAAACUGCAGUGAACGUGUCGCUGUUCAUGUAAAUUUGUGCUUAAAAUCAGGAGGAAAUAUGAGGCAAAAGGUAUUUACAAUAUAUAAUCACUCUUUCCUCAUAGUUUACAUGUUUAAUGGGUAAGACCUGGAUUCUGUUUACUGUCAUGAUCUAAUGAGUUAGAAACCUGGACUCAUCUGAGAGCUCCAUGUUUCAGAUUAUUAAUGAACUGCUGCCAUUUAGAGAAGAAAACACACAGUGAGAAUAGAUCAUCUGACUGACUCCUCCUUUUCAAAGCUCCGUCUCCUCUACACCUCCUCUCCCUGUUGGAGGAAGGGAAUGUCAUCCUGUCUCCUGAUCUUCAUUCUGCUUUCACUCCACUCAGAGACGCCACUGAGGAGCUUUUAAACAGUGACUGUAUGUGUUUGUUUCUUGCUGUGUGAUUCUGAAAGGAGCUAAAACUCACUCAGUGGGUUGAAGGGCUACGGUGGCUGAUUCUCAACUGAGCUGCUCUGAUUAUUACAGACGUCCUGAAACUGAAAGUGGAGUUUGGACUGAAGGAGCCAUUACAGAGAAACAGCACAGCAGCAGUUGGAGGAAAUGGCUGCUAGAAACCCUCUUUCAGAAGAAGAGCUUUCAUGUCCUGUGUGCUGUGACAUCUUCAGGGAUCCUGUUUUAAUUUCGUGCAGCCACAGUGUGUGUAAAACCUGCCUGCAGCAGUUCUGGGUAGCUAAGGGGUCUCGAGAAUGUCCAGUUUGUAGAAGAAGAUCCUCAAGGGAACUUCCUCCCAGUAACCUUGUACUGAAGAACGUGUGUGAGGCUCUUCUGGAGAGCAGGAGUCAGAGAUCUUCAGCAGGGUCUGAGGGGCUCUGCGUUCUGCACAAUGAGAAACUGAAACUCUUCUGUCUGGAUGAUCAGCAGCCUGUGUGUUUGGUGUGUCAGACUUCAAAGAAACACAAAAGUCAUGACUUCUGUCCAGUAGAUGAAGCUGUGACUGAGUUUAAGGAUAAACUCAAGUCUGCUUUGGAGCCUCUACAUGAGAAUCUGAGAGUCUUAGAGGAAGCUAAACGAGACUAUGACCAAACAGCCGCCCACAUUAAGACGCAGGCCCAGCACACAGAGAGGCAGAUAAAGGAGGGGUUUGAGAAGCUUCACCAGUUUCUAAGAGAUGAAGAAGCAGCAAGGAUAGCUGCACUGAAGGAGGAAGAGGAGCAGAAGAGUCAGAUGAUGAGGAGGAAAAUUGAGGAGAUGAAUGGAGAAAUCUCAGCUCUUUCAGACACAAUCAGGAACAUAGAGAAGGAGAUGGAGGCUGAGGACGUUCUGUUCUUACAGUCCACAGAGAAACAAGCUCAGCUCACACCAAAGGAUCCAGAGAAGACAUCAGGAGCUCUGAUCAAUGUUGGGAAGCACCUUUCCAACCUGAAGUUCAGAGUGUGGGAGAACAUGCAGGAGGUUCUCCAGUACACCCCUGUUACUCUGGACCCCAACACUGCACAUCCACGCCUCCACCUGUCUGAUGAUCUCACUGCUGUAGAAAAGAGAGACCAGAGAUCAUCACUUCCUGAUAAUCCAGAGAGAUUUGAUGAGUAUGAGUCUGUUCUGGGUUCUGAGGGUUUUAACUCAGGGAUUCACUGCUGGGACGUCCAGGUUGGAGACAGUGAUUACUGGGAACUGGGUGUGAUCACAGAGUCUGUAACAAGAAAAGGAGACUCUUUCUCGGGUUCAGUGUGGAGGCUGAGAUACGAUCAAAGCAGAAAUAAAAUCUGGAUUCUCUGUCCAGGACAGUCAGGUCACUCCUUCACCCCUAAAGAGAAGCUGCAGAGGGUCAGAGUGCAGCUGGACUGGGACAGGGGGAAAAUGACCUUCACUGAUCUUCUAACCAACACACACCUGCACACUAUAACACACACUUUCACUCAGAGAGUUUUACCGUUUUUCUGUAAUUUUUCUGUUCAUCCUCUGAGGAUCUUACCAGUGAAGACGUCAGUAACAGUGGAGCAGCACAGUUAAAGCUGAAGCUGAAGCUGAAGCAGAUCAGCGCAUUGAGCGAUGGGCGUUGAUGGUUCAGGAGCUCAACCUUGGGAACAACUCCUUCUUAAGUGGAGCUUCAUGUUCAGACUGAAGUCGUUUGUUCUGUCCGUUUUCCUCCACGUGAACAGACUUGCAGUCAUUUUCUACCUUUACUUAAAUUCCGAGUGAGGCGGUUUGUCGGACUUUCAGUGUUUAUACAGCUUAAUUUUCUCGGCUGAGCCUUCAGUUGUCAGUAGAUUCAUUAUUGAACAAAUAUGGCCGAUUAAUCGCGAUUAAGUGCCCAUUUCCAACUUAAGUAGCGUUAGCACAUUUUCAGCUAGCUAGCAGACUGUUCAGAGGUAGCCCAGCUAGCAAACAGCACAAACCUUAAAGCAGCGACUAGGUUUUCAAACGUUUAGUGAUUAUUAUGAUCAACCACACAAUAUAAAGGUAGAAUGAUUCAUUAUUCAUUUAACAGACCCCCAGCCAACGGAGUGGAGGUCAGCUUCUUGUUCCAAUUUUCCGUUCCACCUUAAAUACUGCGGCCCGAGGCGCCAGAAUGUAACUGUCGCACCACUUAAGGUAGAACAGGGAAUUCGAAUAAGAAGCUGGGACCCGUUAUUGAGCGUAAACCCGAGGGAAGACGUGGCUGAAGUUAGCUUCUUAUUCCAAUUCCCCGAAUUCUCCGUUCCACCUUAAAUGGUGCAGCAGUUACAUGGGGCCUAAGGCAUCAGAAUGUAACUGCUGCACCAUUUAAGGUGGAACGGAAAAUUCGAAUAACAAGCUAAGUUCAGAAAGCCAGCGCUUGAGCUUUACCAGCAAACUGACAGCGAGCCUGAGUUUUCCUGUUACCCUGAGAAGCUUCAGCCUCAGCCCAGCCACAGCACGUUACCCAGCAGAAGCUGUUCAGCCAUAGUUUAGUGCAGGUUGUUAGCUAGUUAACAUUAAAUGAACUGUUACCUUCUUUGGGUUAAACCAGCCCCUAAAGUAUGAAGGCAGGAAAUAAAUGUUCUGUCAGUUUAAUAGUCUGUUCCCCUGAACUUAAUAAAUCGCUCUUAUUUUCACUGCAGUGACCCGUCCAUAGAAACUGGUCUAAAUGGCCAAACACUUUAAAAUGGUAUCAUUCUUAAAAGAGACGGUUCUUUAAGUGUACUAAAUGUUGUGGUUCUAUUUAGAACCACAAGUUCUAUAUUUAACUGUCUUGUGCUUCAAUGGUUUUCUGAAUUGUGAAGUGGUUCUUCAGAUUGAUGGAGGAUGUGUUGUAUAUGGUCCCAUAUGGCACCUUUUGGAAAAUAUUUCUAUAGAGCACCAAAAACCACUGCGUUUGGAGCCUUGAAGAACCAUCUUUUUUAAGAGUGUACAGUAAAAUUAUUGAUUUAUAAUGAUGGGCUGAGAACAGACUACAUAUUUGUCUGUGUUUUGAACUUGACUUUUUAUUGACCAAUUUGAAAACCUUGACUGCUAAUUGCUUAUAGUAAAAUCAUUUCAUAUUUCUGCUCAGAGCUGAUAUAUGGCUGAUUAUUGGAAAUGGACACAUUUUAAGAUGUGUUGAAUUAGACUGAUCAUUAAAUUAUAUCAACCACCAAGAGUGUGGAACCCUGACUUAUUAACAUGUGCAGGAUGUGUUAGAACUAGAAGUAAUGCGUAAUGUAACUGCUACAAUUUAUGGCCAGUAGGGGGCUCUUUUCUUCAAAGAGUAAAAAAAAAGAAAAGUGCCUCUGACAGAUGCUGUAGAGCAAAACGGAGGGAAUAUUUCUUGUAAUUUGAAAUAAUGGAAUGUUAAACUGAAUUAGUUUGAAUUGACUUUUUAGCACUGAGAGAAAUGCAUCAUUAGACAUACUGUAAUAUAAAGGUAGCAGAGAUAUGAAAAUAGUGACUAAAGAAACGACUGAUGAAACAUUCAAGAACGAAUAAAGAAAUGAAAUUAGCCAUUCUUACAUCCUUGAUUGACUUCAGGACGUAUAUAAACAGGUAAACGGGUGUAGUGCACGGGGGUAAAGUAAUAUCCACAAAGGCCCGGAAUGAUUGCAGGUUUUCAUUCCAACAGAGCUGGAGCACCUAUGAUCAGUUGCUGAAGAACAGAGUCCAGCUGAUUAAACUAGUAGGUGCUCCAGCUGGUCUGAAAUGAAACCCUGCAGCCACCCUUGGAUAAGACUAGCCAGCCCUGGUCUAAUGUGUGUGAAAGGUGUACAAUACUUAGGGUUUAACAUUGAAGAAACCGUUUAUUACAUUUUGGGAACAUUUUGAGCUUCUAAAAAUGUUAAACUCAGAGAGAGAGAUUCUUUGUACAUAGAACGUUUUUCUACAAAUAAAAUGUUGUUUUCUUUUUUCAGUGUAUAAUGGAACGCAGAUGGGGAUACAGUGAGCGGAGUGAUAUGCGCAAGAGAGCUGUUAAGAGAGUUAAUGACAUGAUUACAUCCUUGGACAGAGAUACACCUGAUAGUUCCAGAGUAGACCGAACCCAGGAGGACAGUGUAGUAACAAGCUGUAGUGGUGCCACACGUGCGUUUGCUGAUGCUUGUGGAAGUGAAGAGGAGGUUGACUGUGAAAUAGGAAGUAGUUCUUGUGACAGUGGCAGUGAAGAUUUAUCACAUAGUGAUUUGAGAAGCUCUUUGUCAGACUGGGCAGUUGAGUUUGGUGUUUCACUUGUUGCACUUUCAGCACUUCUGUCCAUAUUUAGGGUUCACCAUGCUUUCCUCCCAAAAGAUGGCAGGUCAUUGCUUAAAACAAGAACUGAGUAUGUAGUGGAAAAGAUAGCAGGUGGGUCCUUUUACUAUUUUGGUAUAUUAAAUAUUCUUGGUAAAAUGCUUCUAAAGUUCCAGAAAAAUAUACAUUUAAAUUGCAGCUAAAUUAUUUAAAAGUUUAUCUGUUCAGUUCUGGCCAGGGCUUGGUGCUGCAAGAAUGCACAACCAAAGGACCAGUAUUAAUUGCUGUGUUCUGUGGUGUAUCAAAGCCAACUUCAUUGUCAGAGUUACCUUAAUCAGAGACAGACUGACCCCCGCACACACCCCCACCCAGAGACAGACUGACCCCCCACACACCCCCAGAGACAGACUGACCCCCACACACACACCCAGAGAUAGACUGACCCACACACCCCCACCCAGAGACAGACUGACCCUCACACAGUGUAAUAACACAAAUAUUCUGCAAACUCAUUGUAACCCAGGUUAGAAAAGAAGCUAUUAGAUGUUAAAACAAGAUAAUCAACCGUAACUGUAAUCGAGCAGAAAUAUAGUCGAAAUAAUCAUAAUAAUUAAUUCCGACAUUUAGAAAGAGAAAGUAGACUAAAACAUGAUUCCUUUUAAAUAAAGACAAAAACCCAGUAUUUUAUUUCAUUAAAAAACAGCGCAGACUUUUGUCGAUUGACUGUUUGGUUUCCAAGCCUCCCCAGCUGGAACACGACCGACCUUCAACGUUGAAAUGUGGUUGAAAUAAUGUCUGUUAUUGUUUCAACGUUGAAACAAUGUUAAAACAACAUUUAAUGUUAAAUGAUUGUGCAAACGUUGAACUAUUAACGUUGAAUCAACAUAAUAUCUUCAACCUGCCUUUGUAUUGCUAAAAAAACACAAUAAAAAAACGGCUGGAUGCAAGGAUGAAAAAUGUACCAACAACUCUUUGGCGUUGGAUUUUGAA